AUGUCGCGGUUAAGUAAUUGGAAUACAGAUUCAAGUUAUCCAUUGAAUUCCCAAUCGAACAUGAUGGGUCAACCACUAUACAGACCAGUAGAUAAAAAUCAAUUGGCCCGAAUGCAUGCAUGGGAGGAUUCAACUAUGGGUAAACCUAAUGAAAUAAAUAAGCCCACAAAUGAAAACUCAGCUUUGACCUGUCAAAACUUACUGGCAAAAGUGACUUCAUCAAAAAUGCUUUUCUUAAUGACUGGAUUUAUUGUGUGUGGCAUACCAGUAGCUGUUUUUUUAACGCUCUGGGCGAGCAGCCGCUCAACACCGACAACAACAACAAAAAGUUCGACUGUAACAACUGCAACAGUUUCAGGUACCAAUAGCAACUCUCUUUUUGCUUCACACACCAUCGUCGUACUCGUGCCAGAAUUUUUUACAAGGAAAGCUAAGAAUUUUAGGGAACCGAAAUAA